AUGUCGGCUUCGUCCGACGAAGACGAGGACUACCUCUCCUCCGGCUCCUCUGGCUCCGGCGCAGAGUCCCCUCCGCGGCCAUCCGGCCCCGUGCCCCAGAACUUUUUCGCGCCGCCCUUUUACGGCCGCCCGCCCACGCCGCUCCCGCCGUCCCCCUCGCUCACGUCCCUGCUGCGGCCCUCGCGCCCGACGACGCCCGACGCCUCCGAGGACGAGCACAACAGCCACCUGGCGCCCCUGCCGCACGCGGCGCCGCGCGUCCCGACGUACGAGUACUACGGCUUCGUGCUGUACCUCUUCAGCAGCUUCACGUUCCUCAUCUACCUGCUGUGGAGCUACCUGCCGUCGCCGUUCCUGCACGGGCUGGGCAUCUACUACUACCCGGACCGGUGGUGGGCGCUGGCGCUGCCGGCGUUUCUCGUCAUGACGCUGUGCUACAUCUACGUCGCGCUGGCGUCGUACAACCGCGAGAUACUGACGCUGCCGCUGCGCCGCGUGGAGACGAUUGUCGACGACGCGGGCCAGAUGGCGGUCGUGGACGCCAAGGGAAGGCUCAAGGGCAGCCAGAGCGGCGAGAGGAGGCUGGAUGGGAACGGCGGGCUGAGGUGGCGCGAGGUCUGGAGCGAGGGCACGGAUGCCGUGCUGGACAUACCGCUGUCGGGGGUCUGCGAGGUGCUGUAUGGGGAGGGGAGGCAAGUUGACGAAGAGGAGGAGGCCCUGUGGACGACUUGA